UUUUAUUUUGCAGUGUAAACGCACUAGAUUAAAUAAGAAUAGAUCGAUCUUGCUUGUGCAAAUAUUAACUCGAACUGGUCUUUUUUAAGAUCGAUUCAAAUAAAGAUCGAUUCAAUUUCGUACAAUUGUAAAUGGGAUCUUACUGUAACGUAUUUAGUAAAAGGGAACUUAAUAAAAUAUGGAUUUCAUAUGUGAAGGACAACAUUAGCACGUAAUAAUGUCUACGAGGUGUACUGUGCAAGAGUGUAAAUGCAAACAGUUUAAACAGCAGUCGACGGGUGUUGAUAGAAAGAAUAAAAAAGGAUCAUGGUUUAAACCUCUUGCCGUAGGAGUAGUUUGCCUAGUUGGUGGUGCAGUGCUUGCUCCGAUCGCUGUUCCUGCAGCUUUAGGGGCUAUUGGUUUUACAAGUGGUGGUGUGGCUGGAGGGUCUAUAGCUGCUGCAAUGAUGUCAUCAGCAGGUAAUGUUGCUGCCGGAAGUGCCAUUGCUACCAUGCAGUCUAUUGGAGCCGCCGGAUUAGGGGCAGCCGGAACAGCUGUCGGUGCCGGUGUUUCUGGUGUUGCGGGUGUUGCUGUUGCCAAAGCUGCAGGUGCAGGAGAAGAGGAGGGAGAAACUCAUGACUGUUGCAACACUGAACAUACCUGUAUUACUUGUCAACACUGUAGAUGUAAACAUGAAACCGGUUUUCGUUCUGCUCAGGCACCAUGUUAACUGAACUGCUACCAAAACGACAAAAACAAUAGAAGAGAAACCAAAUUAAAAACUUCAAAUGAAAUUGAGAGUGAAACAUGUUAACAUGAAAGAUCUGAAAGAUAUUAAACAUAAUAUCUCCUUUAAAGAAUAAAUAUAUAUAUAUAUAAGUGAUUCGUUUAGACUAUUUCGUUUGUGUUUAUAUUGUUAAACUAAAUUCAUUGCAAUCGUCUUCUUAAUUACUUUUAUAAAGUGAAGAUUACAUCUUCUGAAAUAAAGUUGAAUAAUAGAA